GAGAGAGCGAGCCCGCAGACAAACUAGAGGAGGAGGAGGGAGGCCCGUGUUGUGAGACAAGAAGAACAAGUGAGUGAGGGAGUGUUUUAAAGCCCACAGGAGGCAUGAUGUCCUACAUUAAGCAACCCCAUUACGCCGUCAACGGGUUAACUCUGUCCGGCCCGGGCAUGGAUCUGCUGCACACCACCGCCGUUGGAUACCCCAGUACCCCACGUAAGCAGCGUCGCGAACGCACCACAUUUACGCGCGCACAGCUGGACAUCCUGGAGGCUUUGUUUGCCAAAACGCGCUACCCAGACAUCUUCAUGAGGGAGGAGGUGGCCCUCAAGAUAAAUUUGCCCGAGUCCAGAGUCCAGGUAUGGUUCAAGAACCGCCGUGCCAAGUGUCGCCAACAGCAACAGCAGAGCACAGGCCAGUCUAAACCGCGGCCUCCCAAAAAGAAGGCCUCACCGGUUCGGGAGGCCGGCGCCGAGGUUAAUGCCAACCCGACCAACGGUCCCUACAGCCCGCCGCCGCCUCCCCCGGGAACCGCUAUCACCCCGAGUUCCAGCUCUGCCAGCGCCACAGUGUCCAUUUGGAGCCCGGCCUCCAUCUCGCCUCUGCCAGACCCCCUGUCUGCCUCCACCACCCCCUGCAUGCAGCGUGCCAGCGCCUACCCCAUGACCUACAGCCAGGCCCCGGCCUACAGCCAAAGCUACGCAGGCUCCUCCUCCUACUUCACCGGCCUGGACUGUAGUUCCUACUUGUCACCCAUGCACCCGCAGCUGUCGGGUACAGGAGGUGCCCUGAGCCCCAUCACCGCCUCCUCCAUGGGCGGGCCCCUCAGCCAGUCCCCCGCCUCACUCUCCUCCCAAGGCUACACGGCCGCUUCGCUUGGCUUCGGAGCCGUCGACUGUCUGGACUACAAGGACCAAGCUGCCUGGAAGCUCAAUUUCAAUGCAGCAGACUGUCUGGACUACAAAGACCAGAAUUCCUGGAAGUUCCAGGUCUUGUAAAUAGCAUCAAGUGAGGGGUCGGCUAGCGAGGCUAUAUGGGAAGACAUUUUGAAUCAGUGUCAAAGUUGGGUGAAUGGAGCAAAUUAUCGUUGUUGAUUUGACAAGUUGAGCAAAGAAAUGUGGCUGGAAUAUAUUUUUUUGUAUUGAUGCUGGGCUCAAUCCUAAACCAUCCAAUAUAGAAAAUAAAAACUAGAGAAGAUAUUGUUAUGAUAGUUAUUGCUCCAUCUAAGAAUUGUAUGACUUGGAUGAUAUUUGCUAAAAUGAGAUAACGCUAAUACCACACAUUAGGCUGUCAAAGCCAUCAGCCAUCACUUCAAACCUGUCAAAAAAUGGAUCAUGUUUAACGAAUGAGCAUGAUUAAAAAAAAAAUUGUAUUACAAUAUUUUAGUUGAAACUUUGACUUUUCAACAUGUGAUUUCAUGAUGCACCGUGCAAGACACAUUCAGGCUUUGAACUCAACUCAACUCAAACUGCUGAUUUAUCCUGUGUGCCACCCAACAGCUGACUUGCUUCACCAUUAACCGCCGUUUUGAGCAAAGUCAAAGAAAAAUGAACAGAGGGUCGCUUAAUUAUUAUUAGUAUUAUUUUUGCGUUGUGAUGUGUCUUGUAUUUGCUGACAAUAAGGCUGCUUUCCGUCAUCCCAUCCAACAAGCAUUGAGCCCAUCGGGAUCAGCUCUCCCAACGGGGACCUUUAAGAGGUGCGGAUCAAUAGGGCCAUCAAAGCCGAUGCCCUCCCCAGUAGCCUUGUUUGAUACUGACCCUCUUCAGCCUGCGUGUGAUCCUAGUCAAGAGGAUUGAUCGAAUCCCUGAAGUGACUGCAGUACAAACUUGUUGCCUUUGAGCAUGCUUGUAAUCAUGAGGGGAAUGGCUCUUGCAUUGUUAGUUUAAUAGGAUCAACCGGUGGGCAACAAUGGCCGCAUUGUGGCCAUUGGCACCCAACGAAUAGCCUGCUUUUCACAGGAAGUUGGGAGCAUUUAAGCGCUCCUGCGAUAAUCUAUCAAUGACUGUAUUGUUAUUUUUUUGUUCCACGUCCGAUGGGCAAAACGACCGCACCAGGGAAAGGGAAAGGAGGUGCCAAAGCACCUGCCCACCCUUAGCACAGAGAGUUUGGUGUCUCUCUCAAAGUGUCCAUCCAACAUGACAAAAUGUGAUGGGUAUCAAAAUAUGUAGUUCAUGUAUCUUUUUUGUUGUUGUUUUUUUUUUGUCUUAGACUUAAAAAUGGUUGUUUUUUUUGAAAUAUCUGUGGAUUUGUCAAAGUAAAAGUCAAAAUCGUUGUCAUUUGUUUUGGAGGUGAUGUUAUCAGUAUUACGACUGUGAUCAACAUCGAUGAUGUUAUUUCUUUAGAUAGCACGGCCAUUGCUAAAAUACUUUGUGUUGUCUUUUUGUACAUAUUUAACCCUGGAAAUGCGUCCACCUCUCAUGUAAGCGCUCCAUGCAACAGCAUUGCUUGUUCUCAAAUCAUAGGAAACUGCCAAUUUCUUUCGUUUUUUCCCCUCCCCGUUUAUAUUUUUCUGGUAUCUGCUUUUUUUUUUUCCAACUCAGGGUUUUAUCUGAUAAAAGUAGCAGUAAUAGGAACAAUUCUGGUAACUGCUUCUUCAUUCUAAUUUACUCUACUUUUUUCUUUUGCAUAAUUAUAUCAUCUCUGCUUUAUUUUUCUGAAUGAUUCUUAUUCUUUUGUAUAUUUCAUUUGUCUCCUGUAUUUGUUUGACCACUCUGCACCACUACCACGAUAGAUAGCUUUAAUGUUUCUGAGACAUUAAAUAACCUUGUGUAAAAA